UCGGAGGCGCGCGUAACUCUCCGCCCCUUCGCCAGGGAGCUAUCGGGGCUGAAGGCUUUCGUGCGCCUCCCGGGGUGAAGGUGAGACCUGCCAGCCCAGCGCGUCGGACGGCGAUCGGGCGCUGCCCAGGCAGUUUUCCCGCUUCUGGAAUGGCGAAGAUCACUGCUACUCCAAAGUCCUCCCUUGCUGACGAGCCACUGAAGAUCCACGUUAGUGGCUUGGAGCCCUCCCAACUGGUGACCCUCCAGGCCUCCUUGACUGAUGAAAAGGGGGUGCUCUUCCAAGCCAGAGCUUUUUACUGGACAGACAAGAAUGGCCAAGUGGAUCUAGUGAGGGAUGCCGCCACUGGUGGGGAUUAUUCCGGGGUGCAGCCAAUGGGGCUCUUCUGGUCCUUGAAGCCAACUAAACCAUUCUCUAGGCUGCUGAAACGAGAUGUGAUGAACACCCCCUACAAGGUCCGCCUGGAUGUGUUCGAUUCACUUAAUCUGCUUCCCCCAUCGGAGGACAGGUCCCUGGCCAGCCAAACUGUGGAGAGGUGGUACGCAGCUCCGGGUGUGCAGAGGAUCCCGGUCAGGCAUGGCAGAGUCCGUGGAGCUCUCUUUCUUCCCGCAGGAAGCGGUCCUUUUCCAGGUGUCAUUGACCUUUUCGGUGGCAUUGGUGGGCUUACUGAAUUUCGGGCCUGUCUUCUUGCCUGCCGUGGUUUCGCAACUUUAGCCUUAGCAUAUUUUGCUUACGAAGACCUGCCCAGUGUUCUGGGCCAGAUAGAACUGGAAUAUUUUGAGGAGGCUGCUGACUUUCUCCUGAACCAUCCCAAGGUUCGUGGGCCAAGACUUGGCAUACUGGCGAUCUGCAAAGGGGCCGAGAUUGCGUUGGCCAUGGCGACUUACUUGACACAAAUUGGAGCUACAGUUUGCAUCAAUGGGACCAACUCCAUCAAUGGAUUUCCACUGUAUUACCGAGACCUCUGCGUCCCACCGAUCCCAUACAAAAAUGAAAAUAUGCUAAUAAGUGAGUCUGGAGUAGUUGAUUUCACCGGCAUAUUUGGGGACCCAAAGCUGCAUCAGGACAGUGUCCUUCCUGUGGAAAAAGCCCAAGGGAAGAUCCUCCUUGUUGUAGGAGAAAAAGACAUGAACUACAACAGCAAGGCUUAUGCCACAGACAUCAUGGAGAGAAUGAAGAAGCUUGGGAAAACUCACUGUGCCCUUCUCUCCUAUCCAGGAGCUGGGCACAUGAUAGAACCUCCAUGCUCACCGUUAUGUUACCAGUCCUGGUUACCUAUUAUCUCCUGUCCUGUUUUUUGGGGAGGGGAGGCCCCAGCCCAUGCUGCAGCGCAGGUGCAUUCUUGGAGAGAGAUCCAAAAAUUUCUCCACCUUCACCUUGGUCCAACCCAAUCGAGUAACCUUUGAAACCGCCACCUCCUGACCUGAGCAGGCCCUUCAUGAAUGCGAUACUAAACCAGAACUUUAGAACUAUGUAUGUUAAAAGCAAACGUCUGAAGUGCAGAGAUGGUUGACCACCCAUGGUUGACUUUGUUCCACAAAGAAGUGGAACAUUAGCAGUAAGUGGAAUGACCGUGUAUGUGUGUAAAGGGCCCAGAGGUCACAGCUGAAUUAUGACACCCUGGUUGGGUUUUCAAGGCAAGAGACUGGCAGAGGUAGUUUGCCAUUGCCUCUGCAUAGUGACCUUGGUAUCCCAUGGUGGUCUC